AAGUGGGUGUUGUGCUGUAGUGUUUGGUUUGAUGCGAUGCAUCUUCAUGACUGUUUUUAAACACGCGAGCAGCGGGUUCACUGUGCUAACGGACCGCAGUGGGGCGAUCGGCCAGGAGCGGAGCAGACACCGGUCAGUUGAGACGUGCAGGCCGGGGGCAGCCGUGCAGCCGUGCAGCGGGGGGAAAGCUAGCUCCAGCCCAGCGACACUCAGCGACGGCAGCCCGGAGCCAGAGAAGGGAGAGCCGUGUCGAUGAGCCAUGGGUUUCCGCAAGAAGAACAAGAGCCCGCCGGUGCUGAGCCACGAGUUUGUGAUCCAGAAUCACGCCGAUAUGGUUUCGUGUCUGGCCAUGAUUAUCCUCCUCGGCCUGAUGUUCGAGGUCACAGCAAAGUUUGCCAUCAUGUUCAUCACAGUCCAGUACAAUGUAACACAAGUUCUUGAUGAGAAGAGCGAGCCUGUGAACCUUUACCAGUAUGGCCCUAAAGAUGUGGCCACGGUGUUUUUCUACCUGCUUAUCGCGGUCAUCCUUCAUGCCUUGAUACAAGAAUAUAUUCUCGACAAAAUGAACAGGAGGUUGCACCUGUCAAAGACCAAACACAGCAAGUUCAAUGAGUCAGGACAGCUUGCGGCGUUCUACCUGUUCUCCUUCAUCUGGGGCUGCAGCAUCCUGACGGCGGAGGACUUUGCGACAAAUCCGACUUUCUUAUGGGAGGGUUACCCACACACUCACAUGGUUUUUCAGGUCAAGUUCUUCUACAUUUGCCAAAUUGCCUAUUGGCUCCAUGCACUUCCUGAGCUGUACUUUCAGAAAGUACGGAAGGAGGACAUCCCCCGCCAGCUCUAUUACAUUUGCCUUUACGUUGUCCACAUCACCGGUGCCUAUGUCUUAAACCUCCACCGACUGGGCCUGGUGCUGCUGGUCCCUCACUACCUGGUGGAGCUCCUGUUCCACGCCUCACGCCUCUUCUACUUCAGCGAUGAGAACAAGCAGAAGGGCUUUACUCUGUGGGCGCUGCUUUUUGUCAUCGCCCGCCUCCUCACCCUCACCCUCUCAGUUCUGACGUUUGGCUUUGGGCUGCCCCGUACAGAAAACCAGGGCUUCUCCCUAGCAGAAGGCAACUUUAAUGUGCUCACCAUAAGGAUGACUUGUCUUGCAGCUAUCUGCCUGACGCAGGCCUGGAUGAUGUGGAAAUUCAUUAACUUCCAGUUGAAAAAGUGGAGGGAGCACAGCCAGAACCAGGCCUCGAAGAAGAAGACAGUUAGCCCAAAGAGCAAGCCUCACAAAAGAGAGCCCGCGAGGGGAGGUGCUGCCAACGGGGUUGUGAAGUCUGACGAUAAAACGUCACCACGGGCAAGAAAAGCCAAAGCUUCAUAGAGGUGGAAGAAGUG